GGUUUUGCAUUCAAUUGUCGAAUAACUAUGUUAUCACAUUACAUUAUAUUAUGCAAAUUUAGUUGUUAUGAAAUCUUAAAGCGAAUAACGCGACGUGAUAGGAACAAGACUUUAAACUAUGAACACGUGGUUGGAAAAAGAAUAAAUAGCAAAUUGUUAUAUGUUACAGAGGAAAAACAAUUAUAUUCCAAAAAAAACUAUUAAAAAAGAAAAAUAUUUUUAUGCUUGUUACGUGAAAACAUGCAAAGCGAGGGUGUUUUUGAAUAGUGAGGUGUGUUAUAAGGUUAAAGAUUUCAUUGAUCAUAAUCAUGAAACUCAGGAGGAUACGUACAGGGAAUUAAAGAUUAUGAAUAAUAUGAAGACAUCCUGUAUGGGAAUACAUCAAGAUUCCACUGAACCGAGCGUUCUUGGAAGCAUACGAAAAAUAUUUCAAAGUACUUGCGUUGAAUACCCGGUGGAAACAAAAGAUAUUGAUUUUUAUAAACUCCAACGAAAUUACCAAAAACCGGCAAAUAAGCAAUUUCUAAUUUCUCCUAAAACACCAGCUGAUGUUAUCAAAGUAUUUCAAGCUAAAGUAACUUUGAAAAAAUUUGGGUGUUUCCUGCUAUAUUGUUCUUAUGAACAAGAAAACAAAAAAAAGUUACGAACAUGUGUUUAACUAUAUUAAUACUAAUGUGGUAAAAUUAGACGGAGCGGUGUUUAUGGCGGAUUUUGAAAUUGGAUUGUGCUAUAAAAAAAAUAUUAGAACAUUCUAAGCUAUUCGGGUGCUGGUUUCACUAUUGUCAAGCAGUACGAAGAAAUAU